GCGGGCCUUCCUGGCGCGUCGUGUCGGCUCGCGUGUCCUCGCCCCAGCCCGCACCAUGGCGGGGUCCGGCUGCGCGUGGGGCGCCGAGCCGCCGCGCUUCCUGGAGGCCUUCGGGCGGCUGUGGCAGGUACAGAGCCGCCUGGGCAGCGGCUCGUCGGCCUCGGUGUAUCGGGUGCGCUGCUGCGGCACCCCGGGCUCGCCCCCCGGAGCCCUCAAGCAGUUCCUGCCUCCGGGAACCACCGGGGCUGCGGCCUCGGCCGCGGAGUAUGGUUUCCGCAAAGAGAGGGCGGCGCUGGAGCAGUUGCAGGGUCACAGGAACAUCGUGACUUUGUAUGGAGUCUUUACCAUACACUUCUCUCCAAACGUGCCAUCACGCUGUCUGUUGCUUGAACUCCUGGAUGUCAGUGUUUCGGAAUUGCUUUUGUAUUCCAGUCACCAGGGUUGCUCCAUGUGGAUGAUACAGCAUUGUGCCAGAGAUGUUCUGGAGGCCCUUGCUUUCCUUCACCAUGAGGGCUAUGUCCAUGCAGACCUCAAACCACGGAACAUACUGUGGAGUGCAGAGAAUGAGUGCUUUAAGCUGAUUGACUUUGGACUUAGCUUCAAAGAAGGCAAUCAGGAUGUGAAGUAUAUUCAGACAGACGGGUAUCGCGCUCCAGAAGCAGAACUGCAAAACUGCUUGGCCCAGGCUGGCCUGCAGAGUGAUACAGAAUGUACCUCAGCUGUUGAUCUGUGGAGCCUCGGAAUCAUUUUACUGGAAAUGUUCUCAGGAAUGAAACUGAAACAUACAGUCAGAUCUCAGGAAUGGAAGGCAAACAGUUCUGCUAUUAUUGAUCAUAUAUUUGCCAGUAAAGCAGUGGUGAAUGCCGCAAUUCCAGCCUAUCACCUCAGAGACCUUAUCAAAAGCAUGCUUCAUGAUGACCCAAGCAGAAGGAUCCCUGCUGAGAUGGCAUUGUGCAGCCCAUUCUUUAGCAUUCCUUUUGCCCCUCAUAUUGAAGAUCUGGUGAUGCUUCCAACUCCAGUGCUCAGACUCCUCAAUGUGCUGGAUGAUGAUUAUCUUGAAAAUGAAGAUGAAUAUGAAGAUGUUGUAGAAGAUGUCAAAGAGGAGUGUCAGAAAUAUGGACCAGUGGUUUCUCUGCUCGUUCCAAAGGAAAAUCCUGGCAGAGGACAAGUCUUUGUUGAGUAUGCAAACGCUGGUGACUCCAAAGCUGCUCAGAAAUUGCUGACGGGGAGGAUGUUUGACGGAAAGUUUGUUGUGGCUACAUUCUACCCGCUGAGUGCCUACAAGAGGGGAUACCUGUAUCAAACCUUGCUUUAGUCGGUCACCCAAGGACUAUUUCCUGUUUCUCCUCUUCCGUUUCUCGGAUUAGUAUAUUCCACAGCUGAAUGCAGGAGCACCCCUUUACCCAUUUUAAAGGACGUCUGUUUUCUUGCUGAUACCAGAGGACUUUAUCUCCACCUCCCUAUAAAGUGUGAGCACUGUGUUUCAGCGAGCUGCAUUGCGGACUUCUGCUGAAAACUUCUGUAAACACAAUUGCCUUGUUCAGUUUUGUUGUAAACUGACUCACCAUGCGAUGCACUGUUGUUGAUAGCUUCCUGAUGUGUGGUGGAUAAGAGUGAUAAAAUAAAGCUUACAAAGAAAAA